AUCAAACAUUAACCUUCUUUUACCAUGUUUAUCAUCUCCAAAAUACAAUUGUUCUGUCAUUGGUUGUAAAAAAAAUGUCUUUAACUGAGUGAGAGAGAAGGGAGGGAGAUAGAUUUGUUGGCGUACAUGUACUACCGUACUUAGUCAUUUAAGUUUUGAGAUUUCCCCUCAAUAUUACCUGGACCAGUAUUACAAAUGACCUUCACCUCUACUUCCACACCUGUAUUCGGAUCAUCGCACAGUUCUAUUUUCACCUGGGGAUACAUCCAUACAACAUCUUUAUUGUGGCAUUUAAAAGAACAUCCUGGGAUUUAAUAAGUGCUAUUGUUGAGAAGUUAUGCCAGGAAUCUAGAGCGAUAUCUUUUGAUUGUGUUACAGAGGAUUGUGUUCUCUUGGCUUCAUUCAUGAGGAUGUAACAUUUUCUCACCUGGAUAUUUGGAGAGCUUUGCAUGACUGACAGCAAAGAAUGAGAUUAAAUUACAAAAGUAUCUGUGCAAAGAAUUUUUUGUGGGCAUAGUAGGAAAAAUAUUAUUGCAAGGGAAGAAACAAAAAAGAACUUGUAAAAGGAGAGAUUUCCUCUUUGUUUAUUUAGCAGAUUUGAUUUAAACCUUGAGUAUUUUUUUCCGGUAUGUACAUCUUGUGUUAGUAAAGUUGUCUUCGAUCAAUCAGUGUACUAACCAGGAAAUGAGCCUUGCUUUGGUGAAAUUCAUGCACACUGACUAAUGCAGGCAAUUCCAACAUAGAGCAACUAAAUUGUAUGCUGAUCAAGUGUAACAAAGGAAAGAAAGGAAAGGGGAAAAAAUAACUGGAACAGUUAAUUUCAAAUUUACAUGAGCAUGAUCAGGAAGAUUAACAAUUUGCAUGCAUGGAAUAAUACUUUUGUGUCUUCCUAGUUUUACUCAAUAACUAAAACAACUUUGUAAACAAAUCUUUCAAAAAUGGCUGAUGAUGACAAGCACCUCAUGACAUCAAGUAGAACUCGGUUGUCAUAUGCUCAAAUGACUCGUUUACCUGAGUUUGAGUUCCACAACCCUUUAGCUACAGACGAAGUAAUGCAGUCCCAGACCAAUGGUGGAGGUAAACAAGUGAGCGCAGACGCACCGAAGAAUGUGGAGGAGGAAGAGGAAGAAGAUGCGGACGUCCAGGACAAGAGACCCAGUGGCCGUAACAUGUUUUUCAAGGACGGAAAGAAGAGGAUUGACUACAUCCUGGCCUGGAGCACCGAGGGGAAGCCGGAGAAACUGGCUCACUCCCAGGAGUCCAGGGCGGUGUUCGAAGAGAACCUGGAACAGGAAGGGCUUAAACUGGAGAAAGAUGAGAAAGAAGGAGAGGAGGUCCACUUCCUGAAGGUCCACGCCCCCUAUGAAGUUCUGACCCGCUACGCCGAAAUCCUCAAAGUGCGCAUGCCAGUCAAAAAGAGUCUGGAUUUGGACAAGAUUCAGCAGAAGUAUGCCAAGCUUGAGCUUAAAUACAAAUGCAUUCAAGGUCCUGAUCUUGAUAAAAUCUUGAUAAAGCUGGAGGGAGGAGGCUUUCAUCGCCGGGCGGUGACCCCGAUGAAGGCCGUCAGUACGCGACUGUGGGACACAAUGACCAACAUCACCAAGAAAGUGUUCACCCCCUUCCAGCUGGACGAGGAGGUGGUCAAACCGAUCAAGAGGAGGUUUAAUGUGGCCUACAGUAGAGACAAGGAGUAUCUAUUUGAUAUCCCUGACGAUCGGGAGAAAUAUUUUGACCACGCCACAAGGAGUAGAAUCGUUAACUUCAUUUUACGUCGUAAAUCUUUCAGCAAGGCAAAAGAAAAGGCAUACUCAUUUGGCAUCAAUAAGAUGAUAGCUGAUGGACACUACACGGAUGCCUUUCCUCUACAUGAAGGUCACUGGAAGCCUGGGUCUGCUGACAAUGAAAGAAAGCUGCUGUUUGAUUACUGGGCGAACUGGAGGAACUGCUUCAAGAUCCAGCCGCUGGACCAUGUUCGGGCCUACUUUGGCGAGAAGAUAGCGAUCUACUUUGCCUGGCUGGGUUUUUACAUGCAGAUGUUGAUUCCUGCCUCCAUCAUUGGCCUCAUUGUGUUCAUAUACGGCUGUGUAAUAUCGGGGAAUAGUUACCCUGCUAAUGAGGUUUGUGACAAGAGUAAGAACUUCACCAUGUGUCCGCUGUGUGACUUCCAGUGUCCCUACUGGAAGCUGAGUGCUGCCUGCUCCCACGCCCGCGCCAGCAGGAUCUUUGACAACAACGCCACCGUGUUCUUCGCCAUCUUCAUGUCCUUCUGGGGUACAUUGUUCCUGGAGUUCUGGAAGAGAAAAGAAGCGGCUCUACAGUUCAAAUGGGACCUGACUGACUUUGUGACCGAGGAGCAACCCCCUCGUCCUGAGUUCUUGGCCAAACUCGAGCACAUCACCACAUACAAGGAACAUCCUAUCACUGGGAUUAAGGAGCCCCAUCUUCCUUUCUGGAGAAGACGCUUCCCCAUCUACCUCAUGUCCUGGACGGCCAUGUUGUUUCUGGCAUUUCUGGCAAUCAUUGCGGUGGUUGGAGUGAUUGCCUACCGCAUCUCCACGCUGGCUGCCCUCCAGGUACUGACAAGGAACACGCCAGUCACUAACUCCACGUUCAUCGCCACCACCGCGGAGGUCAUCUACCAGAACGCCAGUCUGGUCACCACGGUUACUGCCGCCUGCAUCAAUCUCCUCAUCAUCGUCAUACUCAACAUUAUCUACAACCGGCUGGCUUUCUGGCUGACAGACAUGGAGUGCCUGCGUACCCAGAAGGAGUACGACGACAGCAUCACCCUCAAACUGUUCUCCCUCCAGUUUGUCAACUACUACUCCUCCAUCAUAUACAUCGCAUUCUUCAAAGGGAGAAUGGUGGGAAGACCUGGUAAAUAUGCAACAUUAUUUGGAGGUCGCCAAGAGGAGUGUGAAGCCGGGGGCUGCCUCAUUGAGCUGUGUAUCCAGCUGGCCAUCAUUAUGACGGGGAAACAGCUGAUCGUCAAUAACAUCGUCGAGAUCCUCAUUCCGAAAGUCAUCAAGUGGAUCAAGAGGAAGAUCUGGCCGGAGACCAAGGAGCAGAAGAUGAGCCGGUCGCCGUGGGAGAAGGACUACAGGCUGCAGCCGGCCGAGACCACCUCCCUGUUCUACGAGUACCUGGAGAUGAUCCUACAGUUUGGGUUCCUGACCCUGUUUGUGGCUGCCUUCCCCCUGGGUCCUCUCUUUGCCCUCAUUAACAACAUCCUGGAGAUCAGAUUCGAUGCUGUCAAGUUCACCACCCAACUUCGCAGACCCAUGGCUGAGAGAGUCCCAGAUAUAGGCGUGUGGUACAGUGUUCUCUAUGGAAUCUCUAGGAUAGCCAUCAUCUCCAAUGCCUUCAUCAUUGCCCUGACCUCAGACUUCAUCCCACGCCUGGUGUACACGAUGGCCUACAGCCCUGACGGGACCCUGAAGGGCUACGUCAAUCAGACCCUGGCCGUGUUCAACACCUCCGACUUCGACGAGGCCCACAGACCGGUAUUUGAGGGAAGCGACAUUGUGGAGUCCUGUCGGUACAGAGAUUUUCGUAAUCCCCCGGACAGUGACGAUCCCUAUGAAUACUCGCAGAUGUACUGGCACGUCCUGGCCGCAAGGUUCGCCUUUGUUGUGGUGUUUGAGAAUGUGAUCGUUGUGAUCACGGGCCUGAUCGCCUGGUUGAUACCGGACGUCCCUGCCAAACUCAAGCUGCACAUCCGGCGGGAAGCGUACAUGAGUAAUGAGAUCAUCAUCAAGACCGAGUUACUACGAGCCAAGGGCGAGACGGUGGGAGAGGAGGACAUAGAGAAGAUCAUUGAGGAUGAGAGUCAGCGCUACAAAACCAAUGACUUUGGCAGCAUGGAACUGGUGCAUCGCAAAUCCGCCUCGCCGGAGGCCGCGGAAAACAACGUUGUGUAGAGAUAUCCAUUCUGCCUUCCCCAUAAACAAUACUCAUGUGUACAUGUCAACAUGUACUUGUAAGUCACACAUGUACUUGUAAGUUAUACAUGUACUUGUAAGUCACACAUGUACUUGUAAGUCACACAUGUACUUGUAAGUCACACAUUUACUUGUAAGUUAUACAUGUACUCGCCUUCUGGUGGUGAAUAUGUUCUUUAACCAGUUUCAGAUCUGUUUGCUCUAUUUCUAGGAGGUAUUCAUAUUGAAUAUGCGUGGUGAUUGUUACUCAUAAAUGACGUGUUAAAUUAUUGACAUGUUAUUUUUUUGAAUUUAUAAUUAACAUUUUGGAAAAUUUCAAAGAGAUUAAACAGGUUUUCAGUCCUAUAGGUAGCAUAUUUCCUCUGAAGUUUGUUUUCUGUGAUGAGCAGCUUUCGAUGCGAAAAUCUGUUAUUGGUUUGAUUCUGUGCCCUUAAAUGAGUCUAGCUGAAAAUUGAUGAUGGAAGCUUUAUAUUCUCAUUACAAUCCUGCAUGUUUCCUGUACAAUACUAAUGGAUUUUAUUUACAUCAUGUACCUACCCUACAUAGUCUUUCUAUGAUACCGCGUAUUCACUUCAAACUCGAACCAAUUUCACCUUGAUAGAGGUCCAUCCUUAUUUGAAUAAUCCUUAUUUUAUUUGAAAUAAGAAUUAUUUUUAACCACUUAUUAAAAUCAUAAAUGCUCAGAAAAAAUCUUUAUUUAGUUUUUAAGUUGUUGAUUUUUGUAAUAUCUAGCAUUAUCUGUAACCAAUUUACAUUGUGUGUAGGUCGUACAUGUGUUUAUGAGGUUGUAAACAUCAAUGCAAUGCCACUAACCCAAAUCUACUUGUAAUACAUGUACAUGUAUUUUGUUCUUUCCCUAUUUUAUGUUAACAUUAUGAUUAUACAUGUUGAUAUAUGUUGUAUUCAAUGGUUUUUCUUUAAUCAUAUUUUUGUAUUACGUCAAGUUAUCUUAGUUGUGGCUUGCCAAAAAAAAGCAUUUAUAGAUUUUUUAGUCAAUGACAUCCCUUUUUAUUUUUUAUUACUCUUAUUAUUUUUCAUUUUACAUCAAAUGUUUGUAUUCACGAGUAAGUGUCUGUGAGCAAUAAUUUGAACAAGCAAAUAAUCUCGUAAUUUUACCUACAUCAUCAUUUUUUGUAUUCCUAGUAUCAAUUUUUGAUUAAGACAGUUGUAGAUGAACAAAACUUGACCUCAAGCUUGGUUUGAAUUGUGCCUUAUAGAUAUUAGACAUACUUUCUACAAAUAAGAGAUGAACAUUUAUGUUAAAAAAAUAUAUAUGUAAUUGAACUUAAAACAUAUUUCUUUAUACAAUAUUAUCUUGAAUAUCAUAUAUAUGUUGAAGUGAUUUUAAAUCCCAACCAGUGUUUCCUCAUGCAUUUUUACCCUAAUAUUUCAAGGCAUCAGAGAUCUAGAAGUUUUUUUUUUUAAUCUCACUGAGUUCAAUAUUAUAGUGUUUGACUAUAUUCUGUCAUUUUUGAAAUUUUUCAAAGAGAAAAUUAAAAAUCAAUGAAUGAACACAACAUACCCCGCUUUAUCAGGGACUUAAAAAUACUAACUGUACUUAUGGUACUUGUAGGUAUUAAAUCUGUCAUAUCAAGUUUGUCUGUUCAAAUUCAGGUAGUUCAUUGCUUUAAAAAAAAACUCCCUUGUGAAUAAGGCUUCAUUUUUUUUUCAAAAUAAAUUAAAAGUUGAUGGUAAAUUUAUACAUUUUGUUGUUGUAUAUUUAUUUGGUUUAUGCUUUAUCUUAUUUUUUUAUGAAAAAAAAUGCAAAUAAUGUGCAAUUGGUGUUGUCCUUGUGAAGAGAAAAUGUUUUGUUUUUAUUCACUACUUGUUAUGUAUAUACACUGUGGGUUGUUAAAAGGAUAUACUGCUUAUUCUAUUUUUAAAAUUCCUUUAUUAAUUAUCUUGGUGCUUAAUCAUUGAUUUAAAUUUUUUUUUUCAAAACAAUACCUAUGUCAUUUUGGUGUUCUUUUUUGAAGCUGAAGCAAAAAACAUGCCUUUUCAAACUUUUUUUUAUAUUGGAGAUCUAUUCUCAAAGCUAUUUUUUUAGAGACAUGACCUUCAACUUUGAACAGUGUUGUGACCUUUCAUUCUAUUUGAUCUUGCCUGUUGUAGUAAAUUGAAGUACCUGCAUGGCUGGGAUUCUUAAGACAUAAUUGUACUUAUGUUUUUUGCUCAGAUUUAUACAUUUAUACUUUUAACAAGCUGUAAUUAAAUACUUUGAUAAUAAAUUACUCAAACUUCAGAUCUUUUACUGGAGUGGAAAGCUAAUUUGGAUUACAGAGAUGUAAUUUUGUUGUGAAUUCUGUUGAAUUUUCAUUUUUAUAUCUUUAUCAGUUUAAAUUUUCAUUUUACACCCCAUGUGGCUUCGCGCAUUCAAAUGUUACAAGACACUUUUGUAUGAGAUAAUAUUUCGUGAUAAAACAUAGUUAUGUAAUUAUAAAAUUCUGACAGUGAUGAAUAUUAAUAAUUUACAAAAGAUUAAAGAAUGUAAGAAAAUACCGUACAGCUCUAGUGCAUAUGUGCAUGAAUUGUUUCGAUGAUAUUUGAUGAAUGAUAUUUGUUCAUAGUUACCUCAAGGCAAUGUUAAAAUGAAAAUUGCAGUUGUUUUGAUGAAGCAAUAGAGGUGAAAAGACUUGAGUAAAAGUGAAAGUAGAUGAGGUUGUAAAAGUGAAAAUAACUUUUUUUUUACUAAAGGUUUAUUGUUUGUUUCUGCUCAAAAAACUUUAUUCAUAUAUAUGCACUUAAAUAAAAUCAAGUGUAUUCAUUCUAAUUGACAUAUUUCUAAUUGACCUAUUUUUACACACCACCAUAAUUAAAUUCCCAGCAGCUCUGAUUAUCGUAAGCUUCAUUGUGAGAAGUUGUACUUGUUGUGUUUGUAUGACUGAAUCAUUACAUUUCAAAUAAAAUACCCAUGUAUAUGUACAUGUAUGUGUUUGUAUUUGUUUACUUUCCUAUUUUGUCUUAGAAUAUUUUGGUUAAACAUUAUUUAUGCAUGUAGUUAUAAUAUCAAUUAAAAACAACUUUCAAUUUA